GUCUGAAAGGGGAACCUUACUUUACUUUAACUGUGUAUUGAUGAGACACAUCAGCCUCUGAAUACCUCCUGCGUCACGCAGGCGGGUUAAAAUUAAAAUAUUUGUUCAGUUUGCAAAAGGUAACUAUGUUCGAGAUAAUGAAAUAUGUCACUCUAUGUCGCUCUACAAAGAUUUCAUCUUAGUGUGUAGCGAGGUUUGGAUUAGCUCAUUGUAUAUAGUCUAGUUCAGUUGAAUAGGAAAGUAAUACCAGGAACUACUAGUGUUUGCUUUUCUUUAUAUAUACAAAGUAGAUCUACAUAUUUCAUGGAACCUAAACGAGUUAGUGUGUGUGUAUUGUUAAACCUUUACCUGAGGCUGACGUCGUCUAGUGAUGUAUUUUAUCAGUUGCACUCACCAACUCCAUUGGUCAUCAAUUUUAAUCGCAGCUCAUUUACAGAAUUUUACGACUGCCUGGCAUGCACCACAGGAUGUUCCUGUAGCAUGGCCACAGAGGAUUAUGAAGUUUUCAAUUUAACACUAAAUCCUAACGCCGGAAGUACUGUAGCCACUUUUAACGUGUCAUUACCAAAUUAUCAUUAUUGUAUGAAACACUGCAGUUUGGAGUUGGCCUCUACAUCAAAGCCUCAUUUGCGAUUUUGGCGAAUUAAUUGCACCGCUAGACCUACAAAUGAAACUUGUUUCUUUGAUGUGGGCGUCAAGGGCUUUAAUUUAUUACUAUGCUGGAUAAGUAAUACAAGUUUCAUCGUCACGUUUGUCAAUUCUACACAUUUACAAGGAGACUGCAUUACUAGAAACAUGAUAGAUCUACAAAGUAUGAAUGAGAUACUUGAAUCCACUGGAAUGAUCUCGUUCAGAGGCUCUGGCUUGACAAGUGAAUCAAGCUUGUACCUGAGUUGGCCAAGUAGUUUAAUCAAUGACCAUAAUGUACCAACUUUACUUGGAAACUUGACUACCAUUUCUACAACUGUUCCAAGCGAUGUGGUUUUAGUUACCAGUGUCGCCCUACUAUCUAGGCCUACAAGUGAAUUAAAUGAGUAUUUUGAAACGAACACCAAACCAUAUUUGAUUACGUCAUUUACACCUACACUAUCUUUGUCUAGACUGUCUGUCAUUGCCACACAAAGCACAUCACUCCUUACUAACGAGAGUACUUCCAAAAGUAACCCGGAAAUGUCGUUUACUUAUUUCACCCUAACUCCAGUAACAACAUAUGCAGUAACUCCAUUUCAAAUAGAUCGUACAAACAAUCCACCAAAAAGCAGAACUAUCAUUAUAAUCCUAUGUACUGUCAUUGGUAUUUUACUGUUGACUUUCUCAAUUGUAAUAUAUUAUCUAGUCCGAAAACGGCUAAGACGAAAGGCAGAGACUGAGUCACUUGAGAUCUACAAUCUUAAUGGUGGCAUUGGAACUCCUGUGAAGACAAAACCAUCAAACAGUGAUACGGGACAUUAUUCUACAAUCAGACCUUCUUCUUUGCCCAGAGCAGAUCUACAGCCAUAUAAUAUUUCCAGCAGGAAAUCAUUUCCUGGAAACAGCUACCACCAAGAUAAUCCCAAAUCCAACUCAACUUCAACGAGUCUAGAACUCCUACGUCCACGAAGCAGUAGACCUAGGCCUACAUCGAAACAUAAACCAGGUGAUGCCGACGCUUCGAUCUACGACACGAUCGAUCGUUUCAGUGAGGAAGCGUCGACGGAAGAAACUAUGAAUUCUGAUCUAGAAGUAAGACCUAACACCAGUGUGAGAGUCAGCAGUGUGAGAGUCAGCAGUGUGAGACCUUACUCUGUCGUCACGCUGGCAGUAGCACAAGAUCCGUCUUCAACAUCAAGGUCAACAAAGAUGAUUCAGUUCAAGGAUAAAUAUUUCUAUCUCACACACAGCGAUAUAGGUCAGUAUGCUUCAGACAAAAGUUCUGACACAACAGUAUACAAUGAAAGCCACAAAUCUCAGAGUAACAGCUCGGGAUGCGAGACCCUUUCAGCAGACGGCUCGUUUCAAUACAUAGUCAGGAAACAUCCCAGUGACAUAGACGGAUAUACUGAGGAAAAUAAUUCAAUGAAUAAUAAAUUUACAACCAAUUUCCCAUAUUCAAGACUCAAUGAACUUAAUCGAUCGUUUCAGAAUGUGUACAGUAAGGGUCUCUGAGGAAACGAGUAAGAGACGAGAAAAUGAAGCUGCCAAUUUUUUGUUUACCAUUUUAAUCAUCCUCCCUGCUCACUGUCAGAACUAUCUCGUGAUCGCUCUUCAUAUUGUGGUCUUGGUGUUUAGGCUACGAGGCGAAGAGGAGAGCCGACAGACAAAAAACAAAGAGCAAAUGCUUGUGGGCAAGAGACCCAGUCAUUACGUGCCCUAAAAGAAAUAGUUGUUUUUUUUCCCAAUAAAAGAUCAGACUCGACAGUCUCUUUGGAGUUCAUAGGCAAUGAAAUUGUUCUCUUCAGCCUCUAAGGAAGAGCUUAUUGUUAUUGAUGUACAUACAUGUUUUAAACGUUAGGUUUAUUAGCAGUAUUUAGGUCAAGUAGCCUACAUUGCUAUUAAUUAACACAACGUUAUUCUAAAACUCAGGGGGGGAGGGCGGUUGCUGAGUGUUUAAGCACUUGGCGUCCGAACCUGGGGUCCUGGGUUCGAAUCUUGGUGAAGACUGGGAUCUUGAUUUCACCCCCGAGUCCACCCAACUCUAGUGGGUACCUGUCUUUAGUUGGGGAAAGUAUAAGCUGUUGGUCGUUGUGCUGGCCACAUGACACCCUGCUCGUUAACCGUUGGCCCUAGAAUUAGAUGACCUUAGCAUCGUCUGCCCCUUAGAUCGCAAGAUCUGAAAUGGAAACUUUACAUUGACCAUUCUAAAACCAUUCUAAAACUGAAACAUUUCUAUCACUAUGAUUGACUUUCACACUGAGGGUUAUUGACCCGUGACCUCCUAUGUCAAAGGUCCCGCUUGAGUUCGAAUCCCGUUGAUGGUUGGGCUUUUAAAUUUAAGAAUCUUUAUGGCACCCCAGAGUUCCCCAAGCUCUAAUAGGGACAUGACAUGCGUUGAGAAAGUAAAGGCGGUUGGUUUUUGUGCUGCGGCCACAUAAAUCUCUCGUCAAUCGAAUGCCAAAGAUAUUAAAGAUGCCCUCAUAGAAAGAAACGGGUAUUUUUUUGUGUGUUUUGUUUACAGAGAUAUUCUGAUUUUAAUGUAAUAAUAACAGUCUCACAUAGAUUGAGACAUGCAAUACACGGACUGGAUCUACCUCUUUGCACCCAUUUUGAAGAAAGGGAAAGAAGGUGUGUUAAUAUAAGGGGAGAGGAAUCCGGCAGAAAAAAUACUAAAAUAAAACACAGCAAAGAAAAAAAAAUGCAUUUCUCUGAAGAAGGGAAAAGGCCCAUAACCCGUGUAUCACGUGCAAAUAUUUGACUACACCGCGAUUGUCAACCUUUAGCAAACAUUAUCAAGACUUACGUAUCCUACAUCUUCAACUGGCUUUGAUCGAUGUCGGACAUAUUGAAACAGAUCUCAAGCAAUUGUGUAUGUAGUCACUUGGAAGAUCUAGGUCAUUGCACUUUGUAUAAGCCCCAUAGAGUAUAAAAUAAUCGGCAUAUAAUAUAGGAAUGCGUCCUAUACAUUAUAAAGUUUGUUUUUUCUUUCAUAAAUUGAAUACAUAUACAACUUUCCAUGAUUGAAAUAAAUCAAAAGGUAGAUAUAGAAGGAAGUCCUAACUAACGAAAAAAAAAAAGGCAACCUAAAAUUCAAUCAACCUAUGACCUAUAAAAAUGCACAUGGAAUAGGUUGUAGACACUAAAAGUUUUAAUUCUAUUGUAUGGACCUCAUUCACCAAUCGUAAACAAACAACAUUUAGCCACGUGAAAGCAUUGAUAAAACAAUGAAAAUUACGUAUCACGUGACAGCCUUUAUGGAUUGCGUAAUUUGUAUAGAAGAUAUAGAGAACCACUUGGCAAAAUGUUAGUUUACUAUUGGUGAAUGAGGUCCAUGGUUAAAUCGCUCGUGAUCAAUGAAUCUUAUUUCUAAAAGAUAUAAUUGAAAGGGACUGUUAUUAAUUGAAAUAGGAUCGUCCAUCAUUAUAAAAAGUUCAGAAUCUGAUAGUCUGUUUCAACAACUGUUUCAAAACGUUGUCAGGUAGUUGUUCGCAUCAGAACAUCUUCUGAUAGAUCACCAACUGAUCAAACUUACUCGUGUGUUUGAUUGGAAUGUAGAACUCUUUAGAACGUAAGGGUUAAAAAAAAACAACAGAACAAAACCAGACAAUAAAGUGUAAGCUUAAUAAUCUUGUGAUUAGAUAUUUGAAAGGACAUGUGUGCUUUCAUUACACUGCUUUCAAGACCAUUUGACUUAGAUGAACAAAGGCUUUUAAAUAGUUGAAAUAAUAAAGCUUUAUUGAUAAGUAUAUCAGACUGCUUUGCAGUAGUACUAAUGACAAUCAUGUCCAUCUUCUCUUAAUACUGUUUAUUCUUUGGUUAGCUCUAAGUAGUAGUGUGACAUACAGUCUAGAACUAUUCAAAUAGUUGCCAUAUUCUACAAUCAGCAAUUUGACUUUAUUAUUUUGAACUAUACAUGGCCAGAGCUUUAAGAAUUUGUAACUUUCUUGUUUCACAUUGCACUCAGGUUUUAACUUUGUUCCUUUUUUUUAAAUUUUCUUUUUUUCAUUUUUUAUGUUUUUUUACUUGUGGUUUUUUUUUUUGAAAAGUAAUUUUUUUGUGUAAUGUGGAUUGAUUUUAGAAAAAAAAAACUAAAAAAAAAAAUCAUUAGAUAUUACAAUAUAUAUUUUUAUUCAACAAUGUCAACAAUUUUUGAAUUAUAAAUGUUUAUAACAAUCAAAUAUGAGCAAUUUUAUGUACUAUGUUGUAUUGCCAUCGGUAUCUAUACUUUACAUCUCAUGGAUAGAUCAAUACUUGUCAACUCAUGAUUUAAACACUUGAAAUGGAAGUUAAAUUAUCAGCAUAUUUCAACACAACUACUAUCAAAUGUAUUCAAUUUGCUUUAACCAUACAGUAUUUAUGUUACACAGUUACAACAUUAAAAGUGUGACACAUUAUCACUAUGUCAGAAACAUGUUCUAUACAACAAGUUUACCUUCCCCCAAAAAUAUAAUAAAUAUAGUUAGUCACUUUUUGUAAUAGUUUUUCACAGUAUAAAUUAAGGCAUUGAUCCAAUUAUAUAACAAAUAAUAUUUACCAUUAAAAUGAAAAGUUUGAGGGAUGCAUAAAACAUUGAUAGUUUAUGUUUACAUUAAAUGAGCACAAAUCAUUAAUACAGCAAUACUUUUCUUAAAAAAACAACAUUUAUUUUGAGGGUAUAUAAAUUAUUAAAUGUUUACAAGUCUUUGGAAUCAACUCUUUCCUCCUAAACUCAAAUGAUUAUAACUCUUAGUGUUUUUGUUACUGUAGCCUGUCUGGCCAAUUAAAUUUAGGUGAGUAGCACUAUGAUUUAAAAAAAAACAAAAAAAAUCAAUACAUAUUCUAUGCUAAUUCAUGGGAAAACUAUUUUAGAGUUUCAAAAAGGGUUACGUCUAUGUUUUAGUUCAAGCAUUCUUAUGGUACAUUAUCAACCACCGAAUCAAAUGUCCAGUUGAAAACAUUGGUUAACCAACAAAAAAAAAAGUUUCUCCACUGUUAGGUUAGCACCAUUGCAUCUCUGAAAGGAGGGUUAGAAUCUAUGUGACAUUAAAUAAAUAAAUACUAGGAAACAUUAACAGAGGUAAAUGUCCACAAAUGAUAGAAACAUAAUGCACAAUUUGGCAAAGAAGAAUGUAAAUAAAAACUAAAACUUCACUACUGCAAUUUCCAGUUGUAACUGAAUAUAAAAGAAAGAUGUCAUAUUAAGAUAGAAAUGUCUGGUAAGUAAAUAAAUUUUAAAAUGAAACUGAGCAAUAUGGUUACUUCCCAUUAGUUUUAUAAUUAAAUUAUAACAAGAUUAAAUGAUAUGGUUAAAAAAAAUAUAUGAUGUAAAGGAAAAAGAAAUGUCAAAAAAUUGUUGUAAGUAUUUCAUUUACAAUAAAAUAGUUGCCUGUGAGGACUAAACAACACUAAAAUGUUAUACUGGAAUAAUAUAGUUGUGUAUACUGUAAACAUGUCAUACAAAAACAGUAAAAUAA